GCUGGGGUACAUUGUUUCAAGAGCAAAGCCUCGAAGCGUUGGUAGCUUUGAAAAAGUGAAAAGUUAUUUCUACAAAUUUUACUUGCAACUGCUUUUCUAAAGACCUGACUUGCCACGAACGAUAGCUGCGAUUUCCAUCAACGAUUUCAUCGCUCGAAAUAUUCGGCCAUGUUGUGUAGUGAAGCGGUCUACACUUGAUCGCGCUAAACACGUUUUGAGAUUUUAAUGUGACUUCUUGCUCUCUUUUCCUGACAUUUUGCGUUACAGCCGACUAAGAUGGAUAAAGUGGACCUUCUGUACAAAAAGUACGACGUCCUGGCAUCAGCAGGAGACAAAGUUUCCGAGCAUGAGAGCGACUACUUAGACAUUUUGGAAUCAGUCAAAGGUACGCCGAGCGAAAAACGCCUGGCAUCGCAGUUCAUCGCCCGCUUCUUCAAAAGCUUCCCGCAUUUGUCUGAGAAGGCCAUUGACGCCCAGUUGGAUUUAUGCGAAGAUGCUGAUGUUGCUAUUCGGAAGCAGGCCAUCAAGGACUUGCCGAGUUUUUGCAAGGACAGCAAGGAGUACGUGCCAAAGAUAGCCGACGUCCUGGCCCAGCUGUUGCUGACAGAAGACCACACGGAGUUGGUGGUGAUUCAGCACUCGCUGGUGACCCUCGUCAAGCUGGAUGCUCGGGGCACCCUCGGUGGGGUGUUCUCCCAGGUGGUGGCUGGGGAGGACUUGGUACGGGAGCGGGCAAUCAAGUUCCUCUGCACCAAGCUGCCUUCCAUGGGUGUCGAUGUGCUCACCAAGGAGGUUGAGGAGUUCCUCUUUCAGGAAUGCUGCAAGGUGAUGCAGGAUGUGACGGGUCAGGAGUUCACAAGCCUGAUGCAGCUGCUGUCGGGGCUGAAGCUGGCCAAAACCAUCCCGGGUCAACAGGCACUAGUGGACUUGGCCGCAGAUCAGGCCGACCUGGGCAAGCCACUUGGGGAGACUGCGGGGGCAGGCGAUACAGCCACGCGGGCUGAGGCCCUUGCAAAGCUCGUCCAGUGCAUACGGCAGGCUUUGCCUUACUUCUCGCCAUACGUAUCAUCAUCGAAGUUUGUCACCCACCUGUGUCAACAAGUACUUCCUGGUCAGCCUUUGUUGGAUGCUGAGACCUUGGAAAUCCUCAAACUGUUGGCUGAAAUGGUGCCCUUUGCCACAAACCUCUCAGCUGAGGAUCUGCAGGCAUGUCUCAAGCUGGUCUUUGAGAAGCUUCUGGAGCUCAUGCCGCUGCCUCCGGCCGGGGAAGAGACUGAGAACUCAUCAGAGCAGCAGGCUGAGCCCGAGCUGCAGCUGAGCCACGUGGAGUGCCUCAUGUACGGCUUCCACCAGCUGGCAAAGCGCAACCCCCAGUUCCUCACCGCCGACGAAUCUACUGAACGGCUCCGAGACUUCAAACUCAGGUUGCAGUACCUUGCACGUGGUGUCCAGGGGUACAUAAAAAAGCUUCGUGUGGCGCUUCAAGGGAAAAAACCUUCCGAGCUGAAGUCAGAUGAGAACAAGUUGAAGGUUGCUGCCUUGAAGACCACAUCCAACAUUAAUGCUCUCAUCCGGGACCUAUUUCACGUUCCACCCUCUUUCAAGUCAGCGAUCACCCUUUCAUGGAAGCCUGUCACCACAAAUGAGAAGCCCGUUUCUGACAACGUUCAGACACUUCCAACAGCAGGGGCAAAAGGAGAGAAGCGGCGCAUCACUUUCCCCGAGGACACGAACAAAGGCACAAAGAGGGUACUCCCCACAUCCAAGAACGAGCGGGAGCUCUACAGUCCACCUGGCGGGAAGUACAGUACCAAAGUACAAGGCUUCCAGAUGCCUGUAAACCGCGGCGGUGGACGAGGCGGCUUCAACAGGUUCCGGGGCAGCAGCAGAGGCGGCUGGCGGGGACGGAUAUACUCGUGAGCAGCUCGAGGUGCUGGGGCCACACAUCCUCUCACAUGCUCUCCUCCUCCCCUCUCUUGCUCACCAGCGUCGCACGCUCACAUGCGUCGCUGUCAGCAUCCACGUCUUCUUCCAUUGUCAGCAUCUCCCCUGCCCAUGUUUUUGUUGUUGAUAUGUCCGUGCACUUGCCUACCUUGCGAUGCCUCUCCCCCCCCCCCCCUCGCCUCUCAUCCACUUUCCAGGUGUUAAAAGAAGGAAGGUCCAGACAACGGAAGCCGGCCAACGCCACAUCUGUACAGCUGGCUCUCUUUCUCCUUUUUUGAUUUCCCAUGUGCCGUUGGCUCUUGCCAGAUCAAUGCUGCUGGCUGCAAUAUGUAGGUGACUUUCUAUUGCGGUUGCUCACUGGCUGUGAAUGGGUUGUCUGCGGUGGGGUUGAGUAUCGGCAGUGCCUUUUUAAAGGCAGUAUAGCCGCGUGAAUGUGCUGCUCUAAGCUGUAAAGUUGCCACUGCACGCAGCUAAAAAAAAAGUUUGUGAGCGUGCAGCGGGGGUUCUUGGUUUCAAAUACACGCAGCUGUCACAUGCUGUCAUGUGAGCUUCGUGUUAUUAAAACUGUGCUGCACUUUUUAAUUUUAUUAUAGUGAAGGCACAUCGGAGCUUGAAUAUUUAUUUUUUUUAGGACUACUUUUCUGGCUUGCUCUUCAUGGUUUCAGAGGAGAACUGAUGUGCAGUUUUCACAUUUGUGCCACCAGCGACAGCACUAACAGUUUCCUUUACGCUGUUGUACUGCUUUGGAAGUUUUUGGUCAUGUGUCAUGAAGUGUAAAUAGAGUAAGUUGUGCAGCGAGAUUGCUUAAAAGCCCACCUUAAUAAUUGCGUGUAUGUCCUUUUUUCCUUUGUGCUUGCAUUUACAUUCAUUUAGUAUGUAAAAAACAGAGAAGAGACUCUUAUCUUCAUGGUGGCCGAGGCUGUGCAAUGCAGCUUUCGUGCAGCUUCACUAGUUGGCUUGCCCAGGGCACAGCGUCAUGUGCCUUGUUAAAAAUACUGUCCGCUGAAAUUCUGGUCGUGCUGAGGUUGGGAUGGGGGUGAGUGGAACAAAAGGGGGGAGAGGCAAAGGACUGUGAGUGAUUGAUCAGCCUUCCCUGCCGCGUGGUGCUUGCAAGUAUGGGGCUGAGUGCCAUGAUCUACUUGUGGGUACUAAUAAGCAGAGUACGCCAAUUGGAUGGUCGCUGGUGUUUGCCAUCUUAGGGAACAAGGAAAGCUUCCUUAGUGUAGCAGUCUGCAGCAAAAAUGUGAUGCUUCCGAGCUCAAAGCGGUUGGCGUAAUUUGUAUGACAUCUGAAUAAAGUGUUUUUAAUGAAGCCCA